CGGGAGCGUGCAUGGACUUAGAAAAGGUUGAAGAAAAGGUGAAAUAAUAACUAAAACAUCAUCAGUUUAACAGUCGCCUGGGUGAUGUUCUAACCAUAGACUGUAUAGGUUCUAACGUUCUAACGGGCUUUCCUUAAACUUCAGAAUAAGAGCGCAGUGACAUUUUAAAGUCAGCUGAGUUUGAACUCUUCACGGUGCUGGAGUCGUGUUUGAAGCUGCAACAUGCUGAAGACGCCAGCAGUGGAACUGUAGCGAGGGGAAAAAGUUUAUCUGAUUGUUGGACUACAACCGUUCAGCACAGACAGCAGAGCGGCCUGCAGAGAGGAGCUGAAGAUGAACUCCAGGAGACCUCCUGACGGGGGGUACGGCUGGGUUGUGGUCAUGUCUGCCUUUUUUAUCAUGGGCCUCACUACUGCCGUUCUCAAGAACUUCGGCCUCUUCUUCCUCGACAUCCAGAGUCACUUUCAAGUCAUGACCAGCACUACCUCAUGGGUCACCUCCACUACGAUCGGCAUGUUUCACCUAGGAGCUCCAUUGGCCAUUGUGCUUACCCUACAUUUUUCUCAGAGGGUGGUCAUCAUACUAGGAGGUCUGCUGUCAGCCUCGGGAAUGUUGCUGGCCUCUCUGGACCUCAGUCUGCCGUGGCUCUACCUCACCAUGGGCGUCAUGCAAGGACUGGGCAUCUGCUUCGCGUGGAUCCCUGCCAACAGCAUGGUGAGCCACUACUUUGUGAAGUGGCGUCCCAUCGCCUACGGCAUCGCAAGCUCAGGAGAGUGCGUCUUUGCCAUCCUGUUCAGCCCCUUCUUCCAGUGGCUGAUCGAGACGUACAGCUGGCAGGGGGCCCUGAUCAUCAUCGGGGGUCUCCAGCUCAACCUGUGUGUCUGCGGCGCCCUCAUGAGACCGCUGGAGGCCCCCCAGAGCCCCAUACAGAAAACCAAAGACAAUCUAGAAGGCGAUGCCGCUGAGCUCCCACCAAAGAGGAAGGUUAUCUUCCAGUUCUCCCUCCUGAGAAAACCUGAACUACUAUUCUACAUCCUGUUUGCCAUUUUUGCGGCAGCAGGGUUUUUUAUCCCAGCUCUCUUUCUAGUGCCUUUCGCCAACAGUUUAGGGAUGGAUAAGUACUGGCCAGCAUUAAUCCUCUCCAUCCUGGCAUUAGCAGACCUGGCAGGGAGGCUGCUCUGCGGCUGGUUGGCCAACAUGCGUGUGGUCAGGAACCUGCAGCUGCUCACCAUGGUGGUCACUCUGCUCGGGGUGGUGCUCAUGCUGCUCCCCAUCAACCAAAGCUACUGGGCCAUCAUGGUGUGUGUCUGCCUCUACGGGUUCCUGUUCGGCUGCGUGGUGGCUAUCCACGUCAUCUCCAUUGUGGACAUUGUAUCCCUGGAGGGCUUUGACAACGGACUUGGGCUCUUUAUGCUGUUUAGGAGCUUCGGGGGCUUCAUAGGACCACCUGCUGCAGGCUGGCUGGUAGACCAGACGAACGACUACAGCUCUGCCUUCUACCUGUCAGGGGCUUGCCUCAUUUCUUCAGCCGUGUUUGUCGUUCUGGUGGACCUCAUUCUUCAGAAAAAGAAAUGCAUCGAGGCUGAGGGUCAAAGGUCAAACACCAUGGACAACCCGGACGCAGAAAAGGUCAACUGAGACUCUUUUUACACACGGUUUGUUACCUCAUCCUGAGCCUGAGGAGCAGAGAGACUCGUUCAGUAUCUCAUCACAUACCAAGUGCUGGGUGGUUCCACUUCCUCUGACUUAAAGCACGGGGGGGUCAUUAACCCCAUCACAGUCCCUGCAGCAGCUCGCUGUCAAUUAACAAUCUAUGGCACCUGUACUGGUAUAAGUAUCCAUCAUAAACCCUGAUACAACUUUUAGAAUCAAAUAUAUCCCUUCCUUUCUUUUAACCUCUGCGUAACAGGAUUGUUUUUAAGUAAAGUACCUUUUUUAAAAAGAUGUAAUUAUUUUUUAAUUUGUUCCUAGUGAACAUUUUCCAAUGCCUCUUGCUCGACUCAUUGGCUGAGGUCUGUGAACAGACGCUAAAUCAAAUGCUUUCUCCUUUUUAAGCCUCACUACCAUUGGCCAACUGUCGUUGUCAGAUACAUGAUGUUUUCAGGUUUUAUGUCCGUCCCUCCCAUUCUCAGGAAAGCCAUGUGGGAAAUUCUUCAGAUUUGCCUUAAACAACCACUUGUCCUCCGGGGUCAAGUUUACUGUGACCUCAAAAGCCAUUUUGGUCAUAACACAAACAUUAAAAUGCUUAUUUUGAUGAUCUAAGAUACAUUUCAUAACUUGGUUUUGUGCUUUUCAUGGGAUUUGUGGACAAUAAUAAACAUCACCUCAGUGAUCCUUUGACAUUGUACUGUUGCUACAGUGAGGAGCCAUGGCAGCUCUAGCUGUAAAUAACUCGGUGUGGUAACCUAAGUGUUUGCUUUCCAUGUGUUACUGGCUCAUAAAGGGCAUAUUCUGUUGCACAGGUUAUGGUGUAGCUUUUAUGACUGUUAGGAAUGAAUUAAACAUCUUAACGAUUUUUGAACAAUAACUUGAGAUCCAGAUAACUUUUGUCUGUCCUGAUGCACUGUAUUACUAAUUCUCAUACGCAUACCUGCACCUUUCCGUACUUGGACAAAAAUGUUACCUUGCCACUCGUGUAGCUCCUGUAUGUGUAGAGUCAUAUUUUAAAAGUUUUUGUCUCUUAAUAUGUAAUGUCAAAGUUUUCAUGUUGCCAGGUCUUUUCCACUGUUAAAAAUGCUUUUAUAAAUAAAUCCUGUACUGAUGCUUUUAAA